UUGAUAACUAAUUGACAACAAUCAUCACCAUUCACCAGUCACCACCUUUCUUCACAAAAUCCUCUCAAAUUCACUCCCAAUCUCUCUCUCUCUCCUCUCUCUCGCUCUCUUCUCAUGGCUGCGGCGGAGUUCUCCAGCUGCGUAGACUACGGCGUACAGCUCUCGAAGCGGAUAUACUACGGCAAGGACCUCCGGCCGUCGCUGUCGGCGGCGGAGGCGGUUGAGCCUCAGGCGAUGACGAGGUCGCCCUCGGAGGAGUAUCUACCGACGGCGCCGAUGGCCUACGCGGUGGUACCGGAGCCGGCGAUCGUCGACAACCCCGACGUGCCGAGCUACCAGCCGUACGUCCACGGCCGGUGCGAGCCACCGGCGCUGGUACCGCUGCAAAUGCACGAGGUGGCCAUGGAGGUCGACGCUUAUCUCGACACAGCGUUCGUCGGAGUGAGCGCCACGUGGCGAGUGCAUUGCAUCAUGGCCGCCAAGCGCUGCGACUGUCGUGUCGCCCUCCCCAUAGGAGAGAAGGGUUCACUUCUAGGUGUUGAGGUUGAAGUUACCGGAAGAUCAUAUCGUAGUCAAUUGAUCAAGAAAGAAGAGAUUGAAAGUGUGGAAAGUAUGGCGAAAGCCCAAGAUGGAGGCCUUCUAAAAUGCCAAAUAUACACCUUAAAAAUUCCACAGAUUGAAGGAGGCUCCUUUCUUUCAAUUAAAGCCAGUUGGUCUCAGAAAAUAUUGUAUAAUAUUGACCAAUUCUGUCUCCGGGUACCUUUUAGUUUUCCUGCAUAUGUGAAUCCUGUUGGGAAGAAAAUUUCUAAAAAAGAAAAGAUUUUGUUGAAUAUUAACCCCGGGGCUGCCACAGAAGUUGUAUGCAGAAGUACAAGCCAUCCUCUUAAGAACUUAAGGCGUCAAGGAAAUAAAGUAAGUUCCUCAUACGAAGCAGAGGUAGCUGUGUGGUCGACUUCAGACUUCAGCUUUGUUUAUACUGUUUCGUCAGGUGACAUAUUUGGUGGUGUGCUCUUGCAAUCUCCGUCUCUUCGUGAUUUCGAUGAGAGGGAGAUGUUUUGCUUGUAUCUAUUCCCCGCGAACAACCAGCAUAGGAAGGUGUUUGCGAAGGCAGUGGUAUUUGUUAUCGAUACGAGUGGAAGCAUGCGAGGAAACACUCUCGAGAGCGUGAAGAAUGCUCUCCUAGCGUCGCUUUCUAACCUCCACCCUCGAGAUUCUUUCAACAUUAUAGCUUUCAGUGGAGAGGUUCGCUUAUUCUCAUCUUCGAUGGAGAUGGCAACACAGGAAGCAAUCCUAAAAGCUACAGAAUGGGUUGGCAUUAAUCUUAUUGCUAACGGUGGUACUAAUAUCUUGCUUCCCCUAGAACAAGCAAUCAAGUUGCUGGCAAAAACUACGAACUCAAUUCCAUUCAUUUUCCUCGUUACUGAUGGAUCCGUUGAAGAUGAAAGAGAGAUUUGCAGUGUUGUGAAACGUUAUCUCGCAAACGCCGAAUACAUCAGUCCUCGCAUAUGUACAUUUGGCAUAGGUUCAUAUUGCAACCACUAUUUCCUUCAAAUGCUAGCUCAAAUUGGGAAGGGCUAUUAUGAUGCUGCAUACGAUUCAGUUUCAAUUGACUCUAAAAUGCAAAGAUUAUACACUAAUGCUUCAUCAGUCAUUCUUGCCAAUAUAACUGUGGACACUUUGGAACACCUUGAUUCACUUGAGCUAUUUCCAUCUAAUAUUCCGGAUCUUUCAUCUCAAACUCCAUUGAUUAUGUCAGGCAGAUAUGACAGGAACUUUCCAAACGCUGUUAAACUUAGUGGUACCUUGCCUGACAUGAGUAACUUCACCAUAGACUUGAAAGUGCAAAAGGCAAAGGAUUUUCCGCUCAAUAGGGUGCUUGCAAGGAGGCAGAUCGAUAUGCUGACAUCGCAUGCAUGGUUAACGGGAAGUAAAGAGUUGGAAGAGAAGGUUGCUAAGAUGAGCAAACAAACAGGGGUACCAUCUGAAUACACUCUCAUGAUUCUAGUGAAUUCUGAUAAGGGAAAGAUAUUACCAGAUUCAGUUCCAGCGCAAGAGGCCGACAACAAACUUAAGCUGUGGAAGAAGUCCGAAUCGAGCAAAGAGAAGAUCUUGUUCCUCGGAAGCCUGGGAAUGGGCUUCGGGGACUUGGCUGCAACGGCUGCAAAUAAGCUGUCGAUAAUCGAAGAAUUAAAGGCGUCUGAGCCAGCGAACUUCUUGGUUAAGGCAGCUUCAAACUGCUGCAGCCAUUUGCUCAACCGCUUCUGUUGCAUGUGUUUCAUACAAACUUGUUCGUACAUGAACGAUCGGUGCGCAAUUCUGUUGGCACAAAUCUGCGCUGGCCUUGCUUGCUGUGAGUGCCUGAAUUGCUGUUAUGAGUUGUGCUCCUGAAUGUAAUUAGGCUAUACAGGUGACCUGAGAGUAAAGACGCAAGAAUCUGUGUGUUUUGUAUAUACACGUGGCUGUCGUUGCAAUGUGUACUACAAUGUAAACAACAUAGGUGUUGUUUGGUGUAAUGAUUCUGAAUCCGGAAUUAUGAUUCUGGUUCAGAAUCAGUGUUUGUUUAC